UGACAGACCUCACAGCUCCAGUGGCGAGGAAACACACCCGUCAGCAGCGCGCAUUGGAGGCGAAAAAAAAAGCGCAUCACGGACAAAGGAAAUAUGGGUGAGCUGGAGAGGAUUUGCCACCGCCGGGUCCAACAAUGGAUGAGCGACUUCUCUUUCAUUCAGCUGGAGUCCAUUUAGCCCACCUUAAUGAGGUGCUGGGACGCAUGGUACUGCAAGUUAAAAAGGCGGAAGGCUGCGUUUAAUCCGUCUGCGGAUCCUAUGAGUUUGCAAUGGCUGUUGCGGGGAUACGCAACCGGCUGGGAAGCAAUGUGCCUUUUUAUUAUUUUGUGAUAUUCUCCUUAUUUUGUGGCCUUUCGUUUGGACAGUUGCGCUAUUCUGUAACGGAAGAACUCGAAAAUGGAGCACUGGUCGGUGAUCUGGCGCAUGACUUGGGGCUGGAUAUUCGAAAGCUGGCCAGCCGAAAAAUCAAGGUAACCUCCAGCAGCAGCAGUAAACGCUACGUGAUUGUCAACCCUAAAAACGGCAAAUUGCUUGUUAAUGAAAGGAUCGACAGGGAGGCGCUGUGUGAUUUAUCCAGCAGCUGCCUCAUCAAUCUGGAGGUCCUGGUCGAAAAUCCUACUGAGGUGCACCAUAUUGUGGUGGAGAUUGUGGAUGUCAAUGAUAAUGCACCGCAGUUCCCUCGGGAUGAGUAUCAAGUUGAGAUCACCGAAUCGGCAUUACCGGGCUCUCGGUAUCCAAUUGAAAAUGCCCAGGAUCCGGACAUUGGGUCCAAUUCAGUUCGUAUCUAUCAGCUGAGCACAAACGACCAUUUUGCGCUGGUAUCCAACAAGCCCUCCUUAAAUACAAAGCACAUCGAGCUUGUGCUCAAGAAGCCCCUUGAUCGGGAGCAAACGCCUUACCACCAGUUAAUUCUAAGUGCUGUUGAUGGUGGGACACCUGAAAAAACAGGCACGGCUAUCAUUAAUGUGCGAGUACUGGACUCCAAUGACAACGUUCCCAUGUUCGACAACUCCGUGUACAAGGUGAAACUGUUGGAGAAUUCGCCCAAAAACACCCUGGUGAUCAAACUGAAUGCUACCGAUUUGGAUGAGGGCACUAAUGGAGAGGUAUAUUACUCUUUCAGCAGCUACACCCCUGAGAGAGUGAGGCAGAUGUUCAGUAUGGACACGAACACAGGAGAAAUAAGAGUAAGCAGCAACGUUGACUAUGAAGAGACCAACUCCUACGAAAUGUACAUCCAAGCAAUGGACAAAGGCCCCGGAGCGGUGGCAGCACACUGCAAGGUGGUGGUCGAAGUGGUGGACGUGAAUGACAAUGUCCCUCAGAUUGUGCUGUCAUCCCUGUCAAGCCCUGUGAGGGAGGAUGCCCGCGCCGACACAGUCGUGGCCCUCAUUAGCGUCACCGAUCGGGAUUCCGGCACCAACAAGCAGGUGACUUUGGAGAUCCCGGCAGGCCUUCCUUUCAAGAUCAAAUCCUUCAGAAACUACUACACCCUGGUUACCUCAGCGUUCUUGGACCGCGAGACCACUGAUGCCUACAAUGUCACUCUGAGUGCCACAGACGGAGGAAAUCCCCCUCUUUCCUCUCAGAAGACCAUCCAGGUCGACGUGGCUGACGUCAAUGACAACCCACCACGAUUUGAGCAGACGUCGUAUACAGUGUACGUGACUGAGAACAACGCCCAUGGGGCCUCUUUGUGUACUGUGAAAGCUCAAGACGCAGACAUCAAGGAAAACGCACGCAUCACCUACACGGUGCUCAAUGACAAUAACCACGGCAUCCCCGUCACGUCUUAUGUGUCUGUGAAGGCCGAUACUGGCGAGGCUUAUGCCCUGCGAGCCUUCGACUAUGAGUCACUUCGAGAGUUUCACUUCCAGGUCAAAGCCCAAGAUGGGGGCAUUCCUCCGCUUAGUCGCGUCGCCACCGUCUACAUCUACAUAAUGGAUCAGAAUGACCAUGCGCCACUCAUUGUCAACCCUCCGGGUAAUGGCACACGCUCUUUGGAGACGGUUCAAAAGAACGCAGAUCCUGGUGCUUUGGUGACAAAAGUGGUGGCGUAUGAUGCAGAUGCCGGUCCAAACGCCUGGCUGGUGUACAUGCUGGAGACUGCGACCGACAUGGACUUGUUCAAGGUGCACGAACACACGGGUGAGAUCAGGACCACUCGUAGGAUCCUGGAGGACAACUCCACCUCGUUUGCUCUAACAGUCUUGGUGAAAGACCACGGGCAGCCUGCGCUCUCCUCCACCGCCACCAUCAACGUGGCUGUCAUGGAGGUGCCCCCCAAGGUUGUCCCAGACCCCAAGAGGAUCAUUAGACCCCACAGUACACUACUUUUCUCCAACGUAACCCUCUACUUGAUUGUCGCUCUGAGUGCCACCACCUUUGUUUUCCUGGUCACUGUGGUGGUGCUGGCCAUUGUCCGCUGCCAUGCCUAUUGCUCACAACCCGGCUCCUGCUCACCUUGCUGUGGCUCACAGAAACCCCCUCCAGACGGUGGGAACAGUAGCGUGAGUGCCGGUGGAGGCGGGGCCGUCGGUGGAGCAGCAGGGCAACCUAAUAACAACGUCGUGCUCCGGAGGGACCUUAAAGUUGAGCCUCACUACAUUGAAGUGCGUGGGAAUGGCUCGCUAACAAAGACUUACUGCUACAAGACCUGCUUGACGGCCACCUCGGGCAGUGACACCUUCAUGUUCUACAAUACAGGAAGGCCCAUCAGUGGCACCUGGGGCAGCGGUGCUGAUCGUUUCUUCACAAGUGGAAGCGGUUUCGUACGAAGGCUAAGCAUGCCGGAUGCCUCACUUCAAAUCUGCCCGGAGCCAAAAGCCCCGAACGCUGACUGGCGAUAUUCUGCGUCUUUGAGGGCCGGGAUGCAGAGUUCGGUCCACAUGGAGGAGGCCUCUGUGAUGCAGGGAGCCCAGGGCAUGCUGGUCCAGAACUGGCCCACUGUGUCCAGUGCUGCAGAUGGAGAGGGUGGCGGAGAGCUCUCCCCUCCAGUAGGCGCUGGUGUCAACAGCAACAGCUGGCACUUCCGAUACGGAGCCGGACAAAGCUACUGCCCGCCGCAGGGCCUGAAGCCUGGCGAGAUUCCUCCCGAAGCUUUCAUCAUCCCCGGAUCCCCGGCCAUCAUUUCUAUCCGCCAUGACCCCGGCCCCGUUGACGACAAAGGGGACUUUAUCAGCUUCGGCAAGAAGGAGGAAGCCAAGAAGAAGAAAAAGAAGAAGAAGGAUAAGAAAGAAAAGAAGGAGAAAGGAAAGGAUGACGGAGGGGAUGAUUAAAGAGGGGUGAAUGGAAGCUGUUAAGAUGCCAUCCCGAUUACAGGGCCAAAAAGCCAAAUCACUAUGAAUGAAGGAGUCUAUUUGCGGCAUAUGCAUUACAAUACAUCGCAUACUUAACAUUGUACAGUCGCCAAUCGCCUAUUAGGCCGAGCCUGGCUCGCUGCACAAAGCAAACCUGCUCAACAAAUGCUCCUCUCUUGGAUGGCUCAUUUGGCCUUCAACUUUGACCGGUAUAAGUUCAUUCUAUUCAAAUGUACAGUCAGAUGGCUUUUGAGGGAGUUCGGAAAACCAUCAAUGCCUCCCCAAAUUUCUUUAAUUAAAAUCAAAAUGCCAUAAAAAUUUAGAAAAAAAUAAUAAUAAAGUGAUUUGUGCCUGACUUUUGUCAGCGAAGGAUGCCUGUGUUGGCGCCUUCGAAGUCAUUCGUUCUUCACACGCUCAUCUAGAUAUAAGAAUAAAGUGAAAGCCAAACUGAAAAAUAGGACUUUUUUUCAUCAGUAGUAAGUAGACAUCUUAGAAAUUCAGCAAAUGUGAUCUUUUCUAUUAAAAACAAAAAAAAAAAC